CUACUUACUAUGAAUUUCGUAAAAUAUAUAAAUAAUGUUUUACAAUUAUUCACGCACAGAUCCUCAAAACUCGAAAGCAAUAUUGACCGACGUCUUUUAAGUGAUUUCUGUGACGAAGAUCCAUUAUCAAUGGAUUCGUCGAUUGACAAUUACACAGGCGAUUGGGAUUCAUUGAAAAAAUUUAUGAUUAGAGUAUCUCAACCUUGUCAUGAUAUGAUCGUAUCAUGCCUAUGGGCCAACAACCCUAAAGUUUGUUCAGAACUAUUCAACCCAUCGUUAACAGACGAAGGUAUAUGUUGUUCAUUCAAUAAAGUAAAACCAGAUUACAUAUUUCGGAACCCAAAAGAUUUAUCAGAUUUAAAUGUUACCUUUCCAAAUCCGUCUGCAAAUUGGACUCCUGAAAAUGGAUACCCGCCGAAUACGCCUGCUGAAUAUACACCCUGGAGGCCCUGGGGCGCCGGUAAUCAUUUAGGAUUAACUCUUGUUUUGGAUGCUGAAAUAGAGGAAUAUUAUUGUUCAUCAGAAGUCAGCUAUGGAUUCAAAGUGAUGUUACACAGUCCUGUAGAAACUCCAAAAAUAUCAUCAUUUGGUAGUUUAGUAUCUCCAGGAAGAGAAACAUCAUUAGAAAUCCACCCUACCGUAGGGAUGGCUACACCAACAUUAGCUGAGAUAGAAAAAGAAAAACGUCAAUGUGUGUAUUCAGCGGAAAAACAAUUGAGAUUCUAUAGAACUUAUACUCAACGGAACUGCAUACUAGAAUGUGAAGCUAAUUUUACAUUAACGUUUUGUCAAUGCGUCAUGUAUUAUAUGCCAAAAGACACUUUCUCGAGAAUUUGUGGUAAAAAAGAUGAAGAAUGUUCGAAUAAAGCUAAAUUGGCGAUAGAACUACGAUAUAGUUCACCAUUAAUGAAUAUGAGUCAAUUAUUGAAUGGGACAUAUUUGCCAAAUUGCACUUGUCUACCAGGAUGCCAUUGGAUUGGAUAUAAUAAAGUACAUUCAUCAUCACCUUUGGCCAAUAGUUAUAAAAUCAAGCAAACAUUUUUAGCUGGAAGAACUUCCACUUAUUUUAAAAAAAAUAUGGCUGUAAUUCACUUUUUCUUUGAAGAAACACAAUUUACUGGUUUUACAAAAGGGGAGUUGUUUGGAUUUACGGAAUUUUUAUCUAACACAGGAGGACUUUUAGGAUUGUUCAUGGGUUUUAGCUUUCUCAGUGCAAUUGAAGUAAUAUAUUUUAUUUCAUUGCGUUUAUGGUGUGCAAUGUCAAAUAAAAAGAAAGUAACAGAUAGAAAAAAUCAAUCUAAAUAAUAUUUCAUAAUUUAGAUUUCAGUGAAAUACUAUUUAAGAGGACGCUACCCAUGCAUUUGUUGUCUCCGUCUUAUACACGUACAAUUAUCAAACUCUUAGGUAAGAAUAUCAUCUGUGCUUAAGCGUCGGCUAAUGUAAAACAUCAAAAAUUAAAAUAUUGAAUAAAAGCCAACGUAUGAGCACAGAUAAUGUAAUAAUCCAAAAAUUUGAUAAUUGGCCAAUUCACUUUAAUAUCAAAACUAACAGCAUACAAUUGAA